AUGGCUCCGAGAAAGUUAUCUCUGGUAGUCUUCGUUGUCCUGCUUGCUUCCUACCAUCCAACGGCAGCAAUUGAAAGAGUGAAUAAAACGAUUCUGACGCUCAGGAAUCAUAAAGGGUGCUAUCGCAGCGUAGCAAAUGACAAUAAUGCAAUUGUAACAAUAAUGGAAAGGAAUAAUACUGGUAUACUUGAAUGUUACAAAGAGUGUUCUAAUUACAUAUACCAUGGCAUAAUGGAUGUCGAUAAAUGCAGUUGUAAAAACAGUCUUGGGACCAAAGUUGGAGCAAGAAAUUGUGAUCAACUUUGUUCUGAUGGCUUUCCUUGUGGAGGGGAUAAAUUCUUUUCUUUUUAUGAAAAAAACACAAUUGUUCCAGUCGGAUGUUUUAACUCAAUAGAAAUUGAUAAUGUAUCGGUGAUAUCAACGACAAUUUCUAGCUGCAGAGAUACCUGUUAUGAACAUCUGUUCAAAUACAGCGCCUUCGACUUGCGUGUUGAAGUAGAGUGUGUGCAUGCCCUAUUAAGUGCCUGA